AUGACUGCAGCGGGAGCCUCCCCGUCUAGUUCCCCACGACUCCCUAGCCCUCCCCCGUUCGCUGAAGACCAGAUCGGCCCCCGGUCACCUGCAGUCGGCGAAUACUUUGGCAAUGAUAAAGAUCAGCUUCUAGGCGGUGCAGCUGCAGAAGACGAUGGCUCGACGCGCAGGAUCCGCCCGGGAACAAAGGCGGCCGACAUGGCCUUUGGGCCGCCACUGAUUCCCUUGUCGCAGCUUGACUCCCCUUUCCAGCUACAGGAGCAUCUCAAAGCUUUGUACCACCAUUUUACUAAACCAGAAGGCUCUGAAACCGUCGUCCCGAUCAAUCGCAAAGUCGCAAGUCAGCUCGCCGAACCCCCAGAGGGAAUCGACCGAUCGCUCUGGCUUUAUGAAUUAUGUCGCUUCCUCACUAUGAAAGUCAACAACCUCAUCAUUGCUUUCUUCGCCGAGAAUCCACCUUGCUCGUCGAAUACCUGCCCGGAGAUGCGGGCGUCAGAAUGGCAGUACCUAUGCGCCGUACAUGAUCCACCUAAAUCGUGUUGUGCAAUUGACUACUGCUGCCAUACACUUGAUUGGGCUAAUAAUACCCUUACCUCUCCGAAAUAUUUCCCUAGUCGUCUGACCCUGGGCUCGGAGGCUGGCGGCGGCCCACAGGCCAGCAUGAGACACCUUACCAACAUCUUUCGUCGGCUAUACCGGAUCUUCGCGCACGCCUGGUUCCAACACCGUGACGUUUUCUGGGAGGUAGAGGGUCAUGAUGGAUUGUAUGUUUUCUUUAAGACAGUCUGUGACAUGUUCAGCCUCAUUCCAGAGGAUAACUACACUAUUCCCAUGGAAGCUGAAGGCCCCGAUGCGGUGCUACCGCAGGUAGAGGAACCGGUCGAGAGUAAACGAUUGACGAUUUUACGUAAGGAUAACGAGAACCCUUUUGCUGAUGUGGAGGGCUUAGACCCCUCGCUCGGCACGGGUGCCACCACCCGUCGUCACAAGCACAGCCCGUCCACUGGAUCUCGCGUCACCACUAUCACUGAGAGUGCUGAAGAUUCUGAAGAUUCUGCUAAUGCCGCUUUAUCUUCGCGUGAAGUGCUGCAGCACUCACCUGAGCUGCGCCCUUCGACUGCUGUGGAGCACCAUCCCGAGCCCGAGCAGGCCCCUCAAAUGCAGAAGACAGAGCAGGCGGAUCGGCCGACCGAGUCUGAAGGUACUACCACUCAGCCGGAAGAACCCGUAGCUGAAGAAGUCAAAGUUGAGGAGAUCGUCGAGGGGGCAGCUCAAGAGGCAGCUGAAGAGCCCGCCGAGCUAGUUGAGUCACCAGUCUCUGUGUCAGCUGAUGCGUCAACUGAGGAACCAGUUGAACAAGUUGAAGCAGUUGAAGCGCCAGUUGAAGCGCCAGUUGAAGCGCCAGCUGAUGCGCCAGCUGAUGCGCCAAUUGAUGUGCCAGUUGAUGUGCCAGUUGAUGUGCCAGUUGAUGUGCCAGUUGAUGUGCCAGCUGAUGCGCCAAUUGAUGCGCCAGUUGAUGUGCCAGUUGUGGAUUCCGCCGAGCAGCCCGCGGAGCCAGUUGAGGAACCCGGAGAUAAGCCCCUGGAGGGUGAAGAUGUGACGUCUUCUGUCGACCAGGAUGCCGAACAGGAAGCUCAAGAGCUUUAG